CUAGAAAUAGCAAAGGGUAUUUCCAAUCAAUGGCUUCUAAACAGGGAGAGAACAAUGCUAACUUAAGUUGAAAAAAUAUAAGAUAAUUCAAUUUAAAAGGAUGGAUAUUGAAGAUCGUCGGCGAUACUUUAUUGUAGGAUCAGUUAUUUUGGAGAUCGUUCAACCAUUGUUCAGAAGCAGACUAGAAAAUGAUUACAAGAGUAGAGGUCUGGGGUCUUUUCAAGCCUUUCUAAGCUCUCAACCAGUCAUACAUAUACUGUUUCACCUACGACACAGAAAUGCUAUUUGUUGUAAAGACAAAAUCAAUUGUUGUGACCACCAAAAACUUCCGCUGAUAUAUUGUCAAUGGAAUCUGCUGUACACCGAGAGUCCAGGACAACGUGGUCACAACUGCCAUUGCAAGUUCACAGCAAACCAAGUCCAGCUAAAUGAUCUUGAUAUAUCUUUAGCAGGUCUUAUAUUACUAAACUGCUGUAAUCUUGCACCAGCUGAUGACAAUGCUGUACAUAAAUUACGUCGCUACAAGAAUGAUUAUCUUAGCCACAACACAGAGGGUGAAAUAUCUGAGACGGAGUAUAAAAGCCUGUGGACAAACCUUACUAAUUUUGUCCUACAGUUAGAUCCCAAUAAGCGGAAUGACCUCAUCAGAAUAGAGAAUAGACCACUUGAUGAAGGACUGUGUAGCAAAUACAGUAUUGAUCUUUUGAAUAUUCAUAAGAAAUUGAAUGAGAUGGACACUCAGAUGCAAGAGAUAGGUUCUGAUGUGAAGGAAUUAUUGAUUUACCACAGAAACGAAGCAAUAUGUCAGUACUGCAAGAAAAAGUUGAAUGAACAAGGCAUUGGUGAAAGAAAAAUAAUUCCCUACAACCUUGGACAAGAUAUCUUCUAUCUUCAUCAUGAGAUUGAUCUGCAGUCAAUACUAAAUGAAAGACUGAUAACAUAUAUAUCAGAUGUAGUAAUGAUGGAUGAUGGUAGACUUGUGUUAUGUUUGUUCCUUCAGUGCAGACUACUGAUCUGUAACACAGAUGGAUCACAGGUAGACAGUAUACCAGUCAAGGAUGGUCCAUGUUAUGUUAUAGCUGUCAACAACUCUACAGUAGCUGUAACAGUUCAUAAAUCCUUCAAAUGUCAUUGUAUAGAGAUGUAUGAUAUAAACAAUAAACAUAAACUCAAAUCCAUAUCAGUGCCUGGAAUGAACAGUUACAGUGGCAUUACAAUGAUAAACAACAAGUUAGUAGUAGGUGGUGAAGAUGGACUACUGAUUUUUGAUCAUCAGACAGGAGAGACAAUACAGACAAUACAAACAGACUGCAAACCAGGAGGGAUACAUGCUUCUGUUGACAGAAUAAUUUUCAGGAGAAUCCAUAAUUUGUUUAGUAAUAACAGCAACAUAUACUGGUACAGCUUUACAGAUGACAACAUACACACAUUAACAUUACCAUCAAAACCAUAUUCAAUAACUACACUACAAGAUGGUAGUCUGUAUGUUCUCUGUGAUGAUGACUCUAUACAACAUGUAUCAUCUAAUGGAAAACAGUUCAAAACUUCAAAUAAAAAUCAAUCCCAAUUCUUCAAGGAUUGUUACUUCAUACAAUACAAUUUAAAACAGAGAAAAAUGAUCACAGGCAAUGCUGAUACUGGAAUUGUCCAGAUACUUCAAUGAAGUGUAUAAUUUGAAGUGAAAUCUUACAAUGGAAACAGAAACAUAUUGAUUUUAUUGUAAUAAGUGUAUUUCACCUGACCAUUUAAGCUAAAGAUAGGUUAACAACCUUAAUAAUUAGCUGUAAUUAACCUUGAACAUUAUUUUACAAUACAAUGCUUUGUAUGCACAAAAUUACAUUAUUUUCAUCAUAAGUUAUUUUAAAGAAACAAGGGCUAAAAUAAUUAAAAAAGAAAUACUGUUAUAAAAAUUAAUUCAUUAUAUUCAGGGUGAUAUUGAUAGCGAUAUAAAUUAACAGAGAAAAAUAAUUACGAAAAAGAAAUGUCAAUAGUACAGGGAUACCCAAUCCACUCUAUCAUAUUCUAUGUUUAAUGGACCGCAGAAAUGGGGGAAAAACUCUAAUUUGCCAUUAAAAUAAAAAAGAUCAUAUUAUAGGGAACAUACAUGUGUGUACUAAGUUUCAAGUUGAUUGGACUUCAAUUUCUCAAUCAAAAACUUUGACCUGAGGUGGGCAGAACGAACGCAAAGACCUGAAAACAUAAUGCCCAUCAAUGUGGCAUAAAAAUCUUCUUCAACUGUUCUUUUAUUUCAUUGUAAAAUGUAAUAUAUCUGUUUGGCAAGUCAACUCUGUCCCCCUUUUUAUUUAACUAAACUUUUCAACAGUAAAUUAUGAUUAAAGAAUACUUAAAACCAUUUUUGUCAAUUCAAAUUUUAGUGAAUAAUUUUUAUAGCUUUUAAGUUAAUUAAUAUAUUCUAAUUUUAUACAUUGACUAUUUAUAUGCCAAAUUUUAUCAGUUAUGCACCUUCAUGAUCAGCUGAACAAGUAGUCUAAACAAAUACAAUGUAUUCCUAACUGAUUUUGUUUCAGCAAUAUAUUUGAAUUAUUAAAACAUUCACAACUUUAAAAGCUAUAAUGGAAGUUUAGGCCUUAAAAUUCAUUUCCAUCUUGAUGUAAAAAAACAACAUUGACAUGUCCAAUCAAGUAACUUUAGAUGGUGCCACUCUUUAAUAUUUCAGUUUGCCCAAACCCUACCCAAAGGUAGAGACAGUGGGUAGGUAGGCGUUUUUAUUUUUGUUCAGCAAAGAGAAAUUAAAGUGUCAGACAUUUUUUUUAAUUUUUUUUAAUUUUUAUUAUUUUCAAGAUUUACAACAAGUACAUAACACAUCAAACAUACAUACAGUAAUAUUAGCAAUAGAUUUGAAUAAAUAUUUAUUAAUGACAAUAAACAUUGUUGUAAAUUUAUUUUUUUAUAUGAAGAAAAAAAAAGAAGCAGAAAAUACAGAAGUAAAUAUAAUUAGAGUUAAAUGUUUAUGUACCACUGUGCUUGCUGUGUGGCACUUGAGAAUUGUAAAGAAUUUUGUAUAAAUAAAAAAAAAGAAAAAGGAAUAAAAAAAAAGAAAAAGGAAUAAAAAAAAAAGGAAGAGGUUAAAAAAAAAAUAUCCCGUAAGAUUUUCAGUACAUAAUAAAUUGUGCUAUAAGAUACAAUAUUAUUUUAUGUUAGUUUUGACAAUAAAUAUAGAUUGUAAAAACAAAUGACCAAUUGAAUUAUGAAAAUAAUACUUUAAAUGCAUUCCACAUGGUAUCAAGGUGUUUUUGUCUCUUAUUUUUGACUGCCAUUAUUUUUUCUAGAUUGUACAUAUAUUUUAACUUUUCUUUAAUGGCACUGACUGAAAGAUCUUUUGAAAAACAUUUACUGUUGUAUAUAUACUGUUUCAUGUAUAGAAAAAUCAAAUUGUAUGGGUCACCUUUUCAAACUUUUGAUAUAUCUCCAGUGUCAGACAUUUUUAGUUUUCGUGCCUAUCUGAUUGAAAAAAAAAUUGUUCACUUCAGGACAAUAAAAAGUUUUGAGUAUGCAGCUGUUUCCUUGGUAGGGAAGGUUAGGGCAGAAAAACAUUUUAUUUGUUGGGGCCUGAUACUAUAUAUUUCAUCCUACUGAUCUUACCAUCAUGUUUCUUUUAAUAUGUUCACUCUGUUCCAACUUUGUUUUAUUUUCUUUCAGUUCAUCUAUCUUCAGUUGGACCUUCUUCUCUCUCUCUUCAAAAUCAACCUAAAAUCAAAAUGGAAAUUUUAAAUACAGUCAUAACUGCAACAGUAUGAUCAGGCAUAGCAUGAAAUUUGAAUGGUACUGCAGAGUACAAAAGAGAAUUAAAUAAUUUGUACAAAUAUGAUGAAAAGAAAAGUCUCAUUUAUUCCCCAAAUCAGUUUCAAAUUGAAAUUUAUAUUCUUCCUAUUAUUCUGACCUAUGAGCCCAUGCAUGCACUACCAUAUUUUCUUGCAAAUUGUCAUUUUUUUCAAUUUAUCAAUAAAUGCUUUUUAAAAAAUAAUUUAAAUGGUCUGGUUAAAUUCUCAUAUUUCUAAUUCCAAGUCACAUGAAGUACCUAUUAAUAUAGAUUUGACAUGAAGUAGACUUUGUCAAUAUCACAAAGGAAAAGGUCAUAUAAAGAAUUUGAAUUUUACAUCAAAUGCCCUUGCAACAAUUUAUGUAAAAAAUAUGCAUGAUAAUUUAAUACAAACUUUUAGGUUCUUUCCUUCAUUAACCAUGGUUUCCAGUUUGUUUCUAACACUUUCAAUAAAACUUCUGUAUUUUCCAUCUGUUAUUUCACAUCCACUAAAACCUAACAAGAAAGUACAACUUAUAUUAAACUGCUGAUCAUUUUGUGUGUGUGGGGGGGGAACAAUCUGCUAUGUAUAGUGUUUUAUGGAAUGUUGUUAGUCUUGUCUCUAUUAUGUUUUACUCUUGUUUUUUUGUUCCAUUGAAUUCAUUCAAAAUGUUUCAGUUGUUUGUACAUUAACUUAUUGAUAUCCCAUAUUCCAAAUAAAUACCCCCCUUUAUGUCAGUCAGCAGGGCCCCCCUUAUGAAAAGUUCUGAAUCAGUCACUGUAUAUUUUAUGUAUAUCAUCAUAAUUUUAAUACUCAAAUUUAUUUGUAAAUCUGACACAGAGAUGUGUAUAUAUUGUUUACACAAAUAUCCACUGUAUUUACUUUCUUGCAUUUUAUUUAUGUUAUUGUAUUAAUAUGUUCUUUUAUUUUAUAACCAUACAGAUAGUAAUAUACUAUUUCUGUUUAAAAGUGACUUAACUGUCCAUCCUAUCUGUAUAUCAAUCAAAUUAACAUCAAUAUGAAAGACAAACAAAAUUUCAAUUUUUCAAUUUAGAGCUAAAAAAUGUCUCUUGUCAUACCUUCUUUAAUGCCAAAAAUUAUUCAAAAUUAUUUUUUAUCUUUUCUUCCGAUGUACUUUUAUUAACAUGCCAAUGCAUGAGAACUGAUAUUUAAAGUCUCUUUUAUUUCCGAUUACCCUCUAUGAAAGAUAUUUAGACAAUAGGUUGAAUGAAUUAUCAGUUUUUGAUGUCACAAUAUUUUUUCUGAGAAGCUUCUAAUAAGAUUUAUUGACAUAUGUGUUAACUUACCUUCAAACUGGUACUUGUCAGCAAAUUGUUCUAUCAGUAUAUUUCUCUUUGUAAUAUUGUCAUCAUGGACCUGUGGCAUAAACAAUUGUAAAAUAAAAAUGUCAUUUAAAAUUGGUUAUGGGAAUCAUCAUUUACAUUUUGUUUUUAUUCAUCUAGUCUGAUUAUUUUGGUUGCUGUUGUAUUUUUUAAAAGAUAAAUUAUAAAAAUCUGAAGAUACCUUGCCUUGAACUUAAGAGUCAGUUUUUUGUACUCAUACUACAAAAUCAACCAAUCAAAAUUUUGGAUUUCAUGUUUCGUGCCUAAUUUUUGUGGUUGGAGCAAAGUUUUAUGACUUCAACCCCUGAAAAAUCAGUAAAAACUUGAUCAAACUACUAACAAAUCAUAUUUUUGUUUACUUCAUUUGUACAAUAAUUGCGUUAGGAUUCAUGUGUGUGCUUUGACAAUAAAAUGGCUGAUUG